AUGAGACUCAGCCAACUUUUAAGAUGGAGUUAAACAGACGGUAAAAAUUUAUUAAUGAGAUUAUUUUACUUCACAUACAUACCAAUUAUUUUGAUUUUAGGUAAGUUUAAUUAUCUAUUUAUUAGGUUAUAAAUCAAUGAACAUUUAGGCACUAUUUCCCCAAUUAGCAUCCAAAUGA